GCCGGCCCCCGGUGCAGACUGAAUGCAGCCCUGUCAGUGACGGAGGGGCUGUAACCUGAGAGCAGCUCCGGGGGAUUAUUAUUAGACAAAAACCCGGAGAGGCAGCGGAGACAUCCAGAUGUUGCGUUCGAGGCACCGACACAAGUCAGGAGGAGAACCAGCGCUCAGACACACUUUCACACACACAGAGGAGCGAUGGGAGCUGGCAGCCUGGACUGAAGAAGAAGAAGAAGGAGAAGAAGAGGAGGAGGAAGAAGAGGAGAGAGGUUGUUGUUUUAUCCGGGAGGAGGAAGAGGAGACGUGGAGGAGGAAACUUAACUGUGCACUUUUGGAGGUUUAAACCCGGGGGAGAUGUUUGGGUUUCUGCGCCGGACUGGAGUUAAAUAGUCUGCGUGAGGCUCGAGCUGAGGUUUAAACUUUUUUUUUUUUUUACUAACAUUUAAUAGUCGUGUGUUUGUGGACAAGCGGACGGACCAUGGCUUCUCUCCACUGGCUCCUGUGCGCCGGGAUGUUGUGGACACUGUGCGCAGCCUCGUACCGCGGACCGCUGCACCCGGAGAUGUCCAACGGCACCUUCCAUCACUACUUCGUGCCGGACGGGGACUACGAGGAGAACGACGACCCGGAGAAGUGCCAGAUGUUGUUCAAGAUGACCGACGAGCGAAAGUGCGGCGUCGACGAGGACCAGGACGCGGCGAUACGCGACGACUUCACCAUCGUGAAGCGGCAGAUCGAGGACGCGGCGCGGGUGCUGGAGGGCAUCGGGAAGAGCAUCUCCUACGACCUGGACGGGGAGGACAGCUACGGGAAGUACCUGCGCAGGGAGACGGCGCAGAUCAGCGAGGCCUUCACGAACUCCGAGAAGUCUCUGCUGGAGCUGGAGGUGAAGUUCAAGCAGAGCCAGGAGAGCGAGCUGCGGGAGGAGCACCGGCUCAACGACGACUUCCUCAGCAUGAUGGUGCACACGCGGGACGUGCUGAAGGACACGCUGGACGUCUCCCUGGGGCUGAGGGACAAACACGAGCUGCUGUCCCUGAUCAUCCGCAGCCACGGGACGAGACUGAGCAGACUCAAGAACGAGUACAUGAAGUUCUGAAAAAAGUUUUAUCUUAAAAUUCUCAGAUAGCAAAAUUGUGUUGGCCCCGGAUGAGGCCCACUGUCCCCGAUCACCCAACCAUGGCCCGAGAUCGAGUUCAUGGAGGUUUUACUUAAAAAGUUUCCUGACAUACUUUAUCGUAGUUUAUUUUAGGUUCUUUCUCAAAUAGCAAAAAUUGUGUUGGCCCGGAUGUGGCCCACGCUGUCCCCUAUGAGUACACGGAGUUCGGAAAUAAGUCGUCCCUACAACAAGUCUCCAGAAUUUCCCCAAAAAGUUUCCCAACGUACUUUAUCGUAGUUUAUUUUAAAGGUUCGUUCCCUUAGAGCUAAAUUGUUUUGUCCUAGAUGUGUCCGACGCUGUCCCCCGAUCAUCUGCAGCCACGGCACAAGACCGAUCAGACAGAAGAACGAGAAGUAGAAGUUCUGUAAAAUAUAGUUUAUCGGAGUUUAUUUUAGGUCCUUUCUCAAAUAGCAAAGAAGUUUGGGCCCGGAUUUGGCCCACGCUGUCGCCCGGCCCACAUACUGCGUGGAGUGAUCGCACUUGGGUGGUCCGCUGCUGUUUGCCAGACCUGGGCCACAAGUGAGCCAUGGCACUACCGCAUGUCGACCAAGGAUGGCCCAAAUUAGGUUUGCUCUAUUUGGGCCGUAUCCACGUUUCACAUUCAGAUCACACUUUGACUAGAGCACCGCAUGUUGGCGAGAAAAGGCUCAUAUUUGUUUUUUGGUAUAUUUUGGCCACAUUUGCUAUUUUACAAGAGCCACUUUAGGCUCACAUUAAUUUAGUUCGGGCGACAGGACGACCAGAAGCGCUGCAUUGUUACCUAAAGUGGCCUAAAUCUAUUUCCUUUAUUCCUUCAUAAAUGUAUUGAAAGUUUCCUGGAAAGAAUUGUGCAGUUUUGUACCAGUUCCAGGAAAACAAGAGAGUUACAGGAGCUUUAUUUUAGUUGUGUUGAGCUUAUUGUUGACUUCCAGAUGAAUUUCCAUGCAAAAGUAAUAUAAUGAUUUAUUAAAUGGCAUGGCUCUUUCCAGGAAAGUUCGUAGGAGAUCAUUUGGAAAUAAACUGGGAUUUACGCCUGAAAGCUGAAACCUCACUCUAUUUCAUUUUUUUUUUAAUUAUUCCAGGUUUUAUGCUUGAGUGAGACCAUCGAGUGAGGUCAUGGGUGAAGAUUCAUAUCAGGGAUUUAAUAUCAAAGCUCAAAAUGUCAGUUCGCCUAAAUUACAAAUGAAAUUAAUAAACUCAACUACUUCAAACAGACAUUAAACAUGAGCCGUUCUUAAUCUUUCCACUACAUGAACCUCAUUAACAAAAAUCAGCCGUAAUUGUGACGUUGCAAAACUUUGGGAACACGCAGUGCUGAUGCUCAGCUCCACUGACCUCAGAAGUUGAAGCCAUGAAACUACGUCACGCCCGAGUCGACCACGUUCAGGCACAAUAAAACGGUUUGUUUUACUCUGCGGGGUGUGAGGGAUUAGAGUUUCCUCUCGCCAGGCCUGCCGUUAUUAGCAAUAGCAUAGCAUAGAGCAGUAUUUGCGUUUAUCUAAGUGUCCACAGAGGUAAGCGUAGAGCAGCCAUGUUGGACCUCAUGGUCCAGGGGUCAUUCUAGUUGAAAUCUCCCUCUGGGAACUCUGAGACUUUGACUUCCCAGUUCAAAUGGAACGCACCAUUAGCAACUCACACUUUGCCAGCUGUUUAACAUAGAGGGGUGGGAAUACUAUACUUGGAGGUUGUGCAGCAGCAAGUGACGCAGGAAACAUUGUGGGAAGUAUAGAUUCCAGUAAAUGUCAGCAAAUCCUAAGUGUCCUGAUCUGAACUUCACUGACAUUAAGCUGAUAUUAAACAUGCAAACAGGAACUUAUCUCAGAAUUUGAAGUUCAUCUGCAAUGAAGGGAAAUUCUUAAAUCAAGACUAUAGAAAGACUCGUAUUUUUGCAUUUGCAAACUGUGAUAUCGGCCAAAAGAAGAGUUUUACUAACUUCUGACUUACACACGUAUCCCUCAACAAGAGUUAAUGAAGUAAAACUUUUGAAGAAAGGCUGAUAUUUAAUGUCUGUUUGGUGCAGGGGCUGUUUUCGUUUUCUUUUUUUUACUUCAAAAAUCAACAAACUAUGUAUUUACGCAGAUUUUUGAGAUGGAAGCUGAAUUACCAACCGGGCAGCCGGGUUCAAUCAACUUUCCACAAACAGAUUUUUCCACCAUACGAGGAGUAUUGGUUUCUGGUCGUAUAAUGAAGCUCCAUGUAUAGUCUUCUUUAUAGUCUGAUUGGAACACAGGGGCCCCAGUGUAUACAUGCUGAGUGCAUGAGCUAAUUUGGGCCUGGGGCCCUCUGAGAGUCUAAUAUGAGCGUGUCUUUGCUAAACCAGAACAAUGAAGGUGAAUUACAUUUAGUUUGUGGUGCCCACAGCAUUAAAUAAUAAAAAUGGGAAACUGAAUAAUUUCUGUCCAGAAACAGUCAAACUGCAAAAUACUGAAGAAAGAAAACUGAACAGCAUUUAGAGAAAAACAAGCCCAGCUCAACGAUACACGUCUGAGGCCUUGUGGUGUCGUCGUGACGAGAUCUGACAAGUUCAUAUGUUCUUAUAUCAUCUUUUAUGACGUGAGUGAGAAAUCUCAGAGGGAUAUCUCAAAAUCGAGUAAAGUCAAAUUAUCUUCAUUUAUGAAUAAGUAAGGAAACAAGCUUAUUGAGUGAACUGACCCUUUAAAAAAAAAAAAAGUCUGACCGGCAUUCACAUUCAAAAGUCUCACUUUCUUUCAACGUUACAGCAAAAACAAAUGACAUCAUCCGACACGUGCACGGAGAACAUUGUGAUUUGUGAUCAGCGUCAGUGAUAAUAACACACCCAGCGAACCGUAAACACACACAGAGGUCGUUACAUCACUAAACAUGGCCGGAAACAACAGACUCACAUUGUCCCAGUCUGAGUGAACGGUGAAUCAAAUAAAUCUCCACAAAUGUCUGAUUUUUUAUAUAACGUCUUGUUAUAUUUUGGACAGUUUCUGUGUCAGUGUCUUUUCUAUUAUGUGUUUCUGUUUUAAUUCUGACCCUGGACGUUAAAUAAACUGUAGUGAAGCAGCUGACCCGGUCACAGCUCCUCACAUGAGCGACUAUUAUCACCGGUCCUCCACAUGAACGUUUCAGAAGUGACAGAAGAAUGUUUCCAAGUGGACACCAACAGUUUCUUUUUUUUGUUUGUUUUUGCUCUACAGGCUUGCAGACGUUGCACUACACUUUACUGUUCCGGUGCUAAAGGUUGUGACGUGGUGUAAAAUGCGAGGCCUCUACUGUGCCGUACUGCACAGACAGUGUAAUCUUGUAAAAUGUACAGUGUGUUAUUAGAAGUAAGUAAAUACUGUGAGUGCCAAUAUCUUUAUUACAGAACACGUUGAUAUGUAUUCAUUGUUUAUAUAAAGUUUUGAAAUAGAGCAGCGUAUAUAUAUCUAUUCUUGUUCACCUUCAAGAUGUGUGUGACGGGUAAGACUGCAGGUCGUGUCUUCUCAAAUAAAGAGGUUUGUGUUUCA